GCCGCCGCCUCCUCCUCCUCCUUUUCGCCGCCGCCUUCUCCUCGAUCUGAUCACUGCGCUUCCUCCUUGAGCUGAUCACUGCACGUCCUAGUCUUCUCCUCUUCUCUUUUCAAGAUUCACAGGAGUCACUGGAAAAAAUGCAGUCUCUCCGGAGAAGUUUUAAUGGAUUUAGAAAUCAUCUCGCCGGUUCCAAGAUUACGUUAUCUGGCACUUCUAAAAUCUGCACGGAAAAUAAACUGCAUACUCCAAGGGAGCUGGUGGUAUGUGCUCAGCAAAAAUUUCACUGUGAUAUUGUUACAAGAAAUCCCCUCUUGAGGUACAUGACAACACUUGGCCAUCCCGAGCCAUCUCCUGGGAAAGAUAGUGCUGUUGAAUCCCCUGAUGCAGGUCAACCUCAUCGAAUCAAAUUUAAGAGGCUUGACAAAACUGCAAAGCAUAUAAUGAAUAUUCUUGAUAAAGAAGCAGUAGAGAAAGUGCAAGCUGAAAGGGAGAUCCCGGAUAUAAAACCUGGUUAUAUUAUCCAGCUAAAAGUGGAAGUGCCUGAGAACAAACGUCGUGUUUCAACUGUGAAAGGCAUUGUCAUUGCAAGGAGGAAUGCUGGUCUGAAUACCACAUUCAGAUUACGCAGACAGGUGGCUGGUGUUGGUGUGGAAUCUGUCUUUCCUUUGUAUUCUCCAAACAUCAAGGAAAUGAAAGUCCUGGAGAAGAAGAAUGUGAGGAGGGCAAAGCUAUACUACCUUAGAGACAGGAUGAACGCACUUAAGAACAAAUGAGUGGUUUCUUCUAAUAUAGAUUCUUGAGACCCUGUCCAUCAAAAGAAAAGUUUCGGCUGUAGAAUUGACAGUGGUGGUGUUAAUAAUUUUCAGAAAUUUUGGACCCUGCUUAGUUUAUGUCAUUAUGUGGCACGGAACGAUAGUUCUGUUAAUUUGUCAGCACUGGUAUUUACCUUUGUGUACUCAAGAUUACGUUUUCAUGGUUGAAGGUCUAGUUAUUAUUCUGUUA